CGACUUCAGUUGGUGCACCUUGAAGUUCACUCGGAGCUUGUUCCAGCAAUACCAGACUCUGUCUCCUCUCGUCCCUCACUCCCCGUCAAUAUGAGCGCCUUCCGACUGUCCCGCGCAGCGCUGCGCGCCAGAUCCACGGUCGUUCUCAAGCCCAUUCAGCGCAGAGGGUACGCCGAAGCUGUAUCGGACAAAAUAAAGCUUUCCCUGGCGCUGCCUCACCAGUCUAUCUACAAGUCACAAGAUGUCGUCCAAGUAAACAUCCCCGCCGAAUCUGGUGAAAUGGGUAUUCUCGCUCAGCACGUUCCUUCAAUCGAACAAUUGAAACCCGGCUUGGUCGAGAUUAUUCAGGAGAAUGGUGAAAACAAGCAAUUCUUCCUUUCCGGAGGAUUUGCCGUUGUGCAGCCCGACUCCAAUCUGAGCAUCAACGCAGUGGAAGGGUUCCCUCUUGAAGACUUUAGCGAAGAGGCUAUCAAGUCACAGAUCUCAGAAGCCCAGAAAAUUGCCAGCGGAAGCGGGAGCGAGCAGGAUAUUGCAGAGGCCAAGAUCGAGCUUGAGGUUCUCGAAUCAUUGCAGGCGGCCAUGAAAUAACGGAGUCCACUGUACUUUUGUACAUAUAAAUCAAGAGGGAGAAGAGAAGCGGACAGCCUCGAGGGUCAAUGCCUGAAUUGUACCAAUUCUGAACAACCUUGAUUUCCUUGCCUAUAAAUGUUUUGAUCUUGCUUCAGCAGUGAGCCGUUUCGCAUACGAUCCAUGGCCUCAGGACCUUGACUUAUCCUUUCAAUAUGAGGUGAUCAUCUGCUGCAGCAGCGACUACACUAGCGGGGUGCUUGCCGUCGUUUCUGCUUCCCGGCAUCGACGCUCCUGCCGUGAACGGCGUUGCUGUCUGUUCUCACAAUGAGACUCAGG